AAGAAGAGCCCCAAUUCGUCAUUGUCAAUACAGUACAGUCGACGGAAUAUGUCGACUCCUUGAAACAAAAGAAGUGGCACUCGGUUGAAAGGGGAAUCGGAGCUGCCUUUUCCAAAACAUGGGCAAGUCGCGGGACUUGACUGAAUUCGAGCGAGGACUGAUCGUCGGCGCUCGAAGCGCAGGCUGCAGCAUCUCGGAAACGGUCAACCGGCUGGGCUUCUCCAAGACGGCGGUGUCGCGGAUAUACCGGGAAUGGUGCGUGAAGAAGAAGACUAGCAGCCUACGGGGGACCGGCGGGAGGAAACGCCUCGUCGACGAGGUUGGCGAGAGGCGGAUGGAGCGCGUGGUGGAAGCCAACAACCGGGCAACGGUCACGGAGAUCCAGACCAUGUACAAUUUCAGUGCCGAGACGCCUAUCUCGCACAAAACUACCCAGAGGGCCUUGAAGCGGCUGGGCUACAGCCGCAAGCCUCCCCGGCGGGACUCGGUGUCUCGGACCGCGCGGAAGAAUCCGGUGCCCCGGACCAAGCAGCAGGACCCCGUCCAGGGCUCUCCACUGAAAGAACAGACUGCCGUGUCGACGGACUUGGCUGGAGGCAACAGUGCGGAACAGGACACGGGGAGUAAAACUCGGGAGACUUUGCCAUACGAGGGUGCCCCCGUGAGUUGCAACCAGACGCUCCCCGAGGUCGAAGUCCCUCUACAGGGGUUUCAGUGUUGGUGAGGAUCCACAUCGCCUGGAGCCUUCAGAUCACCAGUGCCUGUGGCUCUAUUCUUACUUUGAACAAUUAAUUUCCAACCCUGGACACAUGACCCAACUUUUGUCGUCAUCAACAUUGAAAUGCACUAGCAUAGUAAGCCGAGGUGUUCAUACAAAAAGUGCAUUUAUUGCUGUAAGCCAUUGUAACGCGAUGCACAGUUGUGUAUGUUACCACCGUGCUGAAAGAUAACAUGAAAAGCUGCACUACGAUUAAUCACUUACGCUGUACUGUGCAUUCAUUUAAAAUCUAACUUGGAGACGCAUUUCUUUGGAUAGGAACACACAAGUGGUUUACUUACAAGUGAAAUCUAACCGAGCAUUACUUGGCAAAUGUGCUUUUCUGGAUUUAAAAAGUUCAACAAGCUGUGAACAUAUUGCACAGUUUGAAAAUGUACUUUGUGUGUGUGUCUGUGUGUACUACUAGUGGUACUGCUCCGCACUUGAAUCUCAUUUGAUUUAAUCCGUUAUACCUGUUUUUCUUAAAGUAUUUAACAAGGCCAGAAGCAAGGAGCUAAAAACAGUCGUGAGCAAUGGAAUGUUUCUUUUCUUCCCAAUGAAGUUCUUAAAUUAUAUUUUGAUCCAUGUGUCGAUAAUUGAAUGCAACUGGAAUUGUCUUGUCUGAGGUUGUUGUGUUUGAAUGUGAUUUUGCACCUUACAGUUAUUUGUACAGAUUUAAUUUUCACUUGAUUUGAGUCAUGCUAUGAAAUUCACCCGUGUCUUAAAAUUUGCAUGCAUUUGUGGCAUUUUCCUGAGAGGGUAACAUUAAUAUGCCUGCGUGUUACUAAAUAUUUGUUAUUGUGUAUUAAAUGUAUAUUUUAGUUA